GUGCGGCGGCUGUCACCGGACGGGCGAGAGUGUGUGUUUGUGUGUGUGUGCGUGCGCGCGCGUGCGAGAGAGAGAGAGAGAGAGACUGUCUCUCUCCCCCUCUCACCCCGGGAAAAGUGUCCGUGCCCGACUCGACGGGUGUGACUGUGCGCGUGUGUGGAGGAGUGGCGGCGUGCGCGCGCCUUUCCUUCAAAGAAGACGGAAACUCGGCAACUUGGAAGACACGUGCUUCGUCGCGGGUCAUGCCGCCUCCCGAAAAAAAACUUCCAGUGAUGAGGGGGAUGACGAUGGCGUGAGGGCCUGAGGGCCGGACAUGGACACCAUGAUGAGGCCCGACGAGCGAGCCGCAGGGGUCAUCUGCGGCUCGGACCCCUACCGGGAGCUGGAGCUGUACCUGGAGAAGGUCAACGAGGAGAUAGGCGAGGUGUUCGACCAAUGGCGCAGCGCCGAGCCGGGCAAGAGGCGGUCGCCGGCGAUACCCAUCCCCGCGCGCUCUGCCGCGCCGCCGCCGCCGCCGCCGCCGCCGCCGUCGUUGCGGGCGCUCGGCGGGCGCGCUGAGCCGCCCCCGGCGCCGCCCCCCGGCGACCGCCCCCGCCUGCCCCCGCCGCCCAACGGCCUGCUGCACACCAGGUCGCUGCCCGCCAGGUUCAAGGAGCGCAGCGCCAAGGAGCAGCUCUCGCUGAGCACUUGGUCGGAAGGCCUGCUCGCCGAGUUCAACAGCAUCAUAGCCGAGGAGCUGAGACAGCUGCAGGCCCCCGCCAUGCGGCCGAGCCGGGACGACUACGUGGUGUGCGAGGCCCCCGGCCGGCGCCGGCGGCGGCGGGCUGCAGCUGCAGCUGCGGCGGCGGUGCUGGUGCGCGUGGCGCCGCUGCACGAGACGGCCAGCGACUCGGACGUCCCGCGGCGAGUGGCGGGUCCGCCUCCCCCGCCCCCGUCCAAGUGCGGGUCCGCCGGAGCGCUCGCGCCGCCCCCCUGCAAGGAGCCGCCCCCGGUCAGGCCGCGUGUCGACGGCGGCGGCUCGCUCAAGAGGAACGCGUCCGGGAUGCAGCUGCCGGUGGUGCUGCAGAGCUUCCUGACGCGCAUGCGCCCCGGCAGGAGGGGCAGCCCGCCCGUCGAGACCGGCACUCAGACCUCGCCGCCCAUCUCCCGCAGCUCCAGCUUCACGUGGCUGUCGUCCGACUGCUCGUCCUCGCUGCUGCUCGCCGCCGGCUCCGUGUCCGACACGCUGGACGAGGACGACAGGUCGACGACCUCCUCGGGCGAAGCGGCCGUGUUCCCGGCGCUGCGGGACCGCUCCAGCUCGCGCGACUCGCUGUCCGACUCGCCGCUGGGCUCGCCCGAGUCGCCCGAGUCGCCCGAGUCGCCCGAGUCGCCCGACCGCGACGAGCCCGAGUCGGGCAUCGGCACGGCCUCGCCGCCGCGGUCCAAGUCCGCCGCUCCCGGAGGCGGCGGGAACAAGCCGCGGCGCAAGGAGACGUGGGAGCGGCUGCGCCGCCGCAGCGCCGCCGCCGCCGGUCGGCCGCCCCCGGCCCACCCCCGCCCCCGCGCCGCCGCCGCCGCCGCCCAGGACGUGUGGGUGCGGCGCGAGAGUGUCGAGACACAGACGACGGCGUCGUUCGCGCGCGCGGACUCGUCGAGCGGGGUGGAGGACGCGGCCGCCCCCGAAGACGACGACGAGGAUGAGGAGGAUGACGAGGAGGAGUCUGACGAGCGGGGGCGGGCGUUGGCCGCGCCGCCCCCCGGCCGCCGCCCCGCGCGGCCGCGCUGCCUGCCGCUGAGGCCCGUGCGCGGGUUCAACACGCCGCCCAAGCUGUCGCCGACGGCGGCCGUCGACCUGGGGAACAAGUCCUCGUCGGCGCCGCUGCUGGCGAAGCAGCGGGCCUCGCCCUGCGGGACUGACGCCGCCGCCAAGAAGAGGGUCACGAAGCAGCCCCGCUCGCAGUCCGAGAGACAUAUCUCAGAGAUCGAGGCGGCCGAGGCGUGCAAGUGGCUGCGAGCCGCGGGCUUCCCCCAGUAUGCGCAGAUGUACGAAGACCUGCAGUUCCCCAUCGACGUGAGCGGGGUGCAGAAGGACCAUCCGUUCCUGGACCCGGACUCGCUGCAGUCGCUGUUCCGCCGGCUGCACGCGCUCAACCGCUGCGCCAACAUGAAGGUCGACAACGUGCCCAAGAACAAGGUGGACGACUCCGACGAGGACGACAGCUGCGCGCUCAGCGAGAACUGGACCUUCCAGCCGGAGAUCCGCCGCUGGUCCAGGGUGUGCGACGUAGCGCAGCACGCCGAGAGGCUGCAGGCGCUCACUGCGGGCGGCGCGGGGCAGGACAAGUCCGACGAGGAGGCGCGCCCCGCCAGGGUGCGCGAGGACGACGGCGAGGAUGAGGAGGAGGACGAGGAGGAGGAGGAGGACUACGACCCGGAGGAGAUCCCGGUGAUCUUGGGCGCGCGCUACGGCAGCCUCCCGCCCUGCGCCGCGGGCCCCGGGGACCCUGAGCUGCUGACCGUCAGGUUCAGACGCACCGGCAGCGAGCGGCUGAGGGACGGCGCCAAGGCGCUGCUCCGGCGCAUGGAGAGCCUCAAGUCCCGCAGGAGACGGCGGCAGAACAGGGAGGGCGUGGUCAUCAGCGGACCGCAGGUGCUGGACGUGAUGGCGAUGCAGCAGCGCAUGAAGGAGCUGAACUGCGUGGACGUGUCGCCCACCUCCCCCGCGCCCCCCUCGGGGCUCCCGGCGGGCGACGACAGCUCCAGCUACUGCUCGGACGCCAGCUGCCACGCCUGGGCGCGCCCCAAGUCCAGCCGCACCCGCCGCAGCCUGCACGGCCGCCGGCGCCCCGCCGACGCCGCCGCCCUCUCCGACUCGGAGUGCCAGCCCACCAGCUGGCGGCACCAGUACUUCAAGGACGCCAACAGCAACCACACCAAGGUUCUGCAGUUCGUGGACGGGAGCAGCCGAGGGCCGCGGGAUCAGGACCCCGGCCGGAGGGCGUCCGGGGGCGGGAAGCCCCUGCCGCCCGGCCGCGGCGGGAGCCUCAACCUGGGCAAGGAGAGCCAGCGCUACCGGGACAAGCUGCAGCACAGCCUGUGGAAAGACGUGACCGUGUACCGGGAGAAGUCCGCCUCCCCGGACCACGCGAGCAGCCAGGACUCCAGCAGCACGCUGGCGUCGCAGCCAGACAGCGACCAUGACGAGGUCGACGUCACGCCCCGUCACAAGGCCGUGGUGGUGCGGUGGCACAGCUUCCAGCGGGGCUCGUCGCGGCCCGACUCGCUGCUCGUGCGGCAGGACAGCGGCGGCGGGGGGGGAGGAGGGGGCGGGGCGGAAGGGGCCGCCUGCCCCCUGGCCGUCAGCUCGCUGUCAUGCGGCCAGCUGCUGGUGCUGCGCAAGCUCGCGCUGCUCAAGCUGACGGCGUGCAUGGAGAGGUACUGCCCCACGCACCGCACCGGCUGGAACUGGGAGCUGCCCAAGUUCAUCCGCAAGAUCAAGGCCCCCGACUACAAAGACAAGACGGUGUUCGGCGUGCCCCUGCUGCUGUCGCUGCAGCGGGACGGCCAGGCGCUGCCGCGCUGCAUCCAGGCGGCGCUGCGCUGGCUGCGGGCCAACGCCCUCGACCAGGUGGGGCUGUUCCGCAAGUCCGGGGUGCGCUCCCGCAUCCAGAAGCUGAAGGCGGCGGCCGAGGGCCAGGGCGGUGGGGACGUCAGCUACGAGGGCCAGCAGGCCUACGACGUGGCGGACAUGGUGAAGCAGUACUUCCGCGAGCUGCCGGAGGCGCUGCUCACCAACAAGCUGUCCGAGACCUUCAUCGCCAUCUUCCAGCACGUGCCGGCCGAGCUGCGCAAGGAGGCGGUCCAGUGCGUGCUGCUGCUCCUGCCCGACGAGCACCGCGAGGCGCUCCAGACGCUCCUCGAGUUCCUGGGGCAGGUGUCGGCGCGCGCCGCCUGCAACCAGAUGACGGCCAGCAACCUGGCCGUGUGCCUGGCGCCCUCCCUCUUCCACCUGCACCACGCCCCCUCCCCCUCGCCCGCCGCCUCGGUGCGCUCCGCCUCCGCGUCCCCCCGCCGCCGCAAGACCGUCGGCAUCCCGGACCCGCGGGAGCUCAGCGAGAACAAGGCCGCCCACGACUGCCUGCUCUACCUGGUGCGCGAGCACAAGGAGCUGUUCGUGGUGCCGGAGGAGAUGAUGACACAGUGCCACUUCAACUACAUGGAGGAGAGUGUGCCGGUGGCGCUGGAGGAGCUCGGGGCAGAGCUCCACCAGGACUGGCGCGGCUACCUCUACACCUGCACCACCGCGCUGCUCAAGGAGGCACGCGAGAAGAGCCGCGGGUGGGUCGGCGUGCCGAGCGGCGGGGACGCCCACGUGGACAUCGCCUACAAGAAGGUGGGCGACGGCCACCCCUUGCGGCUGUGGCGGGUGUCCACGGAGGUGGAGGCCCCGCCCCAGGAGGUGAUGCAGCGCGUGCUGCGCGAGCGGCACGCCUGGGACACGGCGCUGCUCAAGUGGCGGGUCGUGGCGCGCCUCGACGCCCAGGCGGAGGUGUUCCAGUACGUGUGCGCCAGCAUGCCGCCGCUGGCCGCCAAGGACUUCUGCGUGCUCAGAUCGUGGCGGUCGGACCUGCCGAAGGGAGCGUGCGUGAUCGUGGAGACCUCAGUGGAACACCCCGACGGCCCGGCCAUGCUGGGGGGCGUGCGGGGCAUCGUGCUGGCGUCGCGGUACCUCAUUGAGCCGUGCGGCUCGGGCAAGUCCCGCAUCAUGCACCUGUCACGCGUCGACACCAAGGGCCGCACUCCGGAGUGGUACAACAAGAGCUACGGCCACAUCUGCGGUCUCUACCUGACGCGGAUUCGCACCUCCUUCAAGCACAGCGCAGACGGCCCGGAGAGCAAGGUCUGAGGCCAGCCGAGCGAUGCCGGCACGCUCUCGCCGCGGGAACACCGCUAGCGCGCAACGCAUCGCUUCACUCGGUCCGUGCGGCGCCAGCCGCUGAAGGCUGCCGGCCGGAAGGACGGUCCCACGCCCGAGAAACGUUUGCGGCCGGUAUCGCAGACGAGUGCGGAUGCCGUGAAACCGUGCUGGGUUCGCUUACCGACCAAUCACCGCAGUUGGCUUCCACAUUAGAUCAAGCGUCCGGCGCAAUAGUCAUGACGGUCCAAACCGCAAAUUUUUUUUUAUUUAGCGUGAGGCCUUAACAGCGCAUCCAGGAAAAGUCUUUUAAAAUAUUUCGAUUCGCAGAUGAGUCGAAUGAGGCAAGACUUUGCAUUUUCUGUACCUAUAUGAUCGUCAUUGCAUAGGAGGAAGCAACCAAAGAUUUAUAAUUAUAAAGGAAUUUUAUGAGAUUUUGUGUCAAUUUUUUUGUGACGUAUUUUUGUAUGUUUAAAAUGUUAAACGAGUUGAUGUAAUUUCUGUGAGAGAAGUGUUCGUAAGAGAUGUGUGUUGUAUAAAGUUAUUUGUGAAAUUUUCUUCAUAAGUAAUGAAUUUAAUAAGGUUAAUUUUAAGCCCAGGCAUUUUUGAAACUUUUUAUAAAAUGCCUCAGCAGAGAUGUACAUGUUCAAUAGCAAGCCUUAAUUUGAGUCAAGAGGAAAAUUAUUCCUUGAUAUAUUUACAAGUGGGGCCAAUCGUUACCAUAUACCAUAAUUGUUUUGUUUUUUUUAAGCACCUAGGGUAUGUAGUUUACCUUGCCUGUUACAUGUGUGAAAAAUACAUCACACUAUAAUUUUUUGUUUAAUAACAGAUACCCUUAGAACAUUUGGUUGUUAUUUUUUUGAAGUUGGUAGAAUGGUAUUUAUUGAUAGUAUUGCUGGCCGAAUAUUAGGAAAUAUGAUAUCAGUGGCAUUAAUACAUUAUUGACAUACACGUAAGAAUUUAUAAAUAAAAAAAAUUAAAGGAAGCAGAAUUAAAACAAAAGUAGUUUUAUAUUUUGUGCACAAAAGGAACUACAUGAAAAAUCAAAAUUUAAUUUUUUCUUCCCCUACUUACAUUCAUGAAUAAAAAUUGCCAUCAUUAAUAUAACUAUUUUUUUUUGUUCAAAGAGUGUAAAAUUGUUAGUUUAACUCUAUUUAUUAAAAUUGGUGCCUUUGUUGUGGUUACAACACAGACAAAACUAAUAUAAAUUAAAGCCUGCUUCCAUUAUUUUUACUAUCAACAUUUGGGGAAUUUUGAAGAAAGCAAACAGUGUAAUUUUAUUUUUUACAAUUGAUUAUGUAGGUCAUAUCAGGUAUUUUUAAAGCAAUUUUUGCAGCUCAUGUUUAAAAUUGAUAUUUAUAUCAAAACUAUCAAAUUUGUGAAGUAUUUGUGUAUCAAUAUGUAGCCACUCUUAUCAGUACUUUGUGUUGUUACUAUGUUAAUGGGUGGUUUCAUGUUACCUUACCAUUUACGUGAUUAAAGUUAAAUCUUGCUUCAAAAGAUAUGACAUUCAUUUUUCAAAGAAGGGUAUUUUAUUUUACAUUAUGUUUACUAUCGACUUAACAUACUCAAUUAUUUAAUUGUAUUUAAAUGUCAACUUAUUAGAUUUAAUGAGCCUGAGUUUGGCUCUUGUAAUGUAAAACGUACCUAACCUUUGCAUCCAAAACCCAGAAGAAGAGUGCAUUUAUAUGAUAAAAAUACCUUUCCCUUACACUGUCAAAUCUACUUUGUUCCAUUCCUGUUGCUUAACUCACAAGAUCAUCACUUAUCUAAAAAAAAAAAAAAUAAAUAAAUAAAUAAACUAACUAAAUGUUGUCUUGAUGUUCAUAAUAUUUUUGUUCCCUAAUAAUGGGAUUUUGUAUUUUUUUUGUAAAGUGGCAAGAUAUGAAUGUUACAUCACAUUACUUGUGUCCUUAGUCUAUGGAAAACUAAACUGUCUGUUACUUGUCAAUGAUAAUUAUUUACAGUUAUGAUAUUCAAACAGAAAUAAACCAAUUUAAUAUAAUAUAUUCUACAUGUUCGUUGAAAGGUGGAUGUAUAUGUUUUCUUGGACAUAUGUAUCACAGUUAUUAAAAUAUUUUUCUAUGUAUACAUUGCACUGUACUGUUGAAGUGUGUAUAUACAUAAUAUAUAUAAAAAUUACUAUAUAAAAUGUUAAAGUGAUGUUACAAAAUUUGUUGUUAAUAAAUAUGUACAUACAAUUUUAAAAA